AUGGAAAUUACAGAUAAUCUUCCUCAAUACAUCAACUAUCUAAAUGAGAGGGGACAAGUUAUGGAACAAUCUAUUGAGUAUGAAUGGUUACCUACGAAAUGCUCUAACUGUAAGAAGUUAGGACAUACAGUAGCCUCUUGUAAAUAUGUUUCUGAAGUAGCCUGGAGGAAGAAAGAGUCUAAGAGCAACCUAGAUACUGAUCCAACUAAGGUUGUUGAUGCAGAUAGUUUAAAGCCGAGCAGCACUGUCCCGAUUCAGCUGACUCAACAUGGAGUAACUCAAUCAAGUGCUGGUCCAAAUGAGUUAAGCUGGUCAAUUCUGAGAAGAACUGUGGUAGUGAAACCUGUUGAACCAAUUCCAGUUGAACAAUCUAGGAAUUCAUACAGUGUGCUCCAAGAGCAGCAGAAGACUUUGUCUGAUCCAUUUCUGAUUGUUGGUUUGAAUGGAGUUUUGCAACAUACAGAUGAGAGUGACCAGUUUUUACAUUGUAGAGUUAGAAUUUGCAGUAGAAACCAAGAUUUUUGUCUUACCAUUGUGCAUGUCUCUAACAGUUUGGAGGCUAGGAGGAAUUUAUGGUAUGAUUUGGCUAACUUACAUUUUCCUAUCAAACCUUGGAUCAUCUUGGGGGACUUCAAUGCUGUCUUUGACAUUGCUGAUAGAAUUGGUGGGAGAUCUAUUUCAGUGAAGGAAAUGGAGGAUUCUCGGCAGUGGCUUGCUCUUGGUUUGGUUGAUGAAAUGAAGAUCAUGAGGCCUACUUAUACUCGGUCUAAUAAUCAAGAAGGGGGGACUCGUAUUUUCUAUAAGUUGGACAGGGUGUUUACUAAUAAGGCUUGGAUGGAUUCCUUCCCGUUGGCUUCUACCUUUUCUCAAUGGGAGGUGAUUUUGGAUAAUAGCUUUAUUCUUAUCAAGAAAAUAGAAGUUUGGAGGAUGGGGGUGAAGCCGUUUCAUUUCUAUAACAUGUGGUCUUCUCAUGAUAAAUUAAGGGAGACAGUUUUAGCUAGCUGGUCUAAGCCUUUAUUAUUUGAAGGCCGUGGCUUGGGGAAUAUUGUUUGGAAGCUCACUCAUCUUAAACAUGUUUUGAAGAAUUUUAAUUUGCGGGCUAUGGGAGAUGUGUUUCUGUAA